UCAUGUGUGUAAACAAAAACAUAUCUUAUCUCUUAUCUCUUCAAACUUUUCAAAGGCGAAAAAAUAGAUACAAUAGUUAUUAGCCAUCAGUCAACGUGUCACGACGAAAUGGAUCCCCAAGAAUACAAAACGUUUCACGAGAGCUUUAUGGUCAACAACAAUGGAACUUCGGCUUUUCACACUUUUCUUACGAUUGUUCCGUCAUUUUUCACGACAUUUUUUUACACACUUGCCGUUGCUACGAACAUUCUUACACCCCGAGGAACACCAAUGCAGUUCGUUCAAGAGUUCGUGAUCCUUGUCAUGCCGAUUAUCGCUUCUGUGACAAUUGUAAAUUCGGUAAUUGUACAAGUGAAUGUUGCACUUCUCGUCAUUGUGAUUCCCUUGAUUGUCAUACACUUGAAGAAUCGGAUACAUAUGGAGCCGUUCGUUCAAAUUCCAACGAAACAGAUACAAUAUUUAACAGUUGGCAGAAGUGUCGUAAAUUUAAUUUCAUGCAUUUGCAUUCUUGCCGUGGAUUUUCAAGUCUUUCCUCGUAAUUUGGCGAAAACAGAAACAUUUGGAUAUGGAUUGAUGGAUACGGGAGUUGGAUUGUUUGUGAUAAUCAAUGGAGCGGUUUCAUCAGAAGCACAAAAAGACAAGUUAGAUGGAUUAAAUAUGAAAAAAGUAAAGAAAAUACUUUUGAGUACAUCGCCAUUGAUUGCAUUAGGAAUGCUUCGCUUUUUUCUUAUAAAAGAAAUCAACUAUCAAGAACAUAUUUCAGAAUAUGGCACUCAUUGGAAUUUUUUCAUGACUUUGGCAAGUGUUAAACUUUUCGGAAGCCUUUUGCUCGAAAUAUUUCCAUAUCCGCAACACGCUCACUACAUGGCAAUUACUUGUCUAUGUUUGCACGAAAUGAGUUUGCAGCUCGGAUUAUCACAAUUUGUUAUGAGUGACGCUUCACGAGAAAUUAGCUUUUUCAAUGCAAAUCGCGAAGGUAUCAUCUCCAUUCCGGGAUACGUUACAUUAUACCUUUUUUCAAUAUUUCUCAGGAAUCUUGUUAAAUUUCCAAACAAAAACACAAUUCGUCCAAAAGAUCUCAUGAAAGUUAUCCUCAAACUUUUUUUCAUCGUAAUUUUCCUAUGGAAGAUGAUUUACGUGUGUGAAAGGAUGUUUGGGAUAUCACGCAGACUUGCAAAUAUGGGAUAUUGUUUUUGGAUUGCAAGUUUAGGAUGUACAAUGGUAUUACUUUUCAUGUUACUCGAAAUAUUCAUUCUUUUUGUGAAAUUUGAUCAAAAAGACUUGCGAAAUGCAGAAGAAAUUGUUAAAGACACACACAAUCAAGGAAUGGAUCGACUGAAAUACGUUCCAUUAAUCUUCGAAGCAAUUAAUUUCAAUGCUCUUUUAUUCUUUCUUAUGGCCAAUUUAUUGACGGGACUGCUAAAUAUGUUCUUUCAAACAAUGUUACUUAGUGAAUUAGCUUCUCUCUUAAUAAUCGGUUACUAUGCUUUUACUCUUUUAACUUUCACAGUUUUCCUCUAUGUCAAUAAGAUUAAAUUAAAGUUUUGGUAGAAAAACAAUACGAAAGCUCGUAGAAAAAUAAAUUAUUUUAAUUUAUUAAACUGAGAAACUGAGCAUUAUUAAUAUUAUAAAAGCGUUUUUUU